GUGGUGAAUGGGCAGACCUCGGAAUAAAACUGUCCCUGGAUGAGAAGUAACAAUUUAUGCUCUGAGUAGGUUAUUUGUAUGCAGUCCUGCUACAGAUGCUAAAACACUUACUUUGUACUAGCCUAGUGCCAGGUGGCAGGGGCAAAAAAGGAACAAAAAUCUUGUUCCAUUUGAAAGCUCAUUUCAAUGUGGGCUACUAUUUGGUACUAUCUGAAAGAAUGGGAAGAGGACAGUUUCCUUAGGAAUGUCUAGAGGGCUGAAUGGAGCCAGGACUGGAGAUCGUGGAGGAGAAACACCGGAGCUGGAGAAUCUUUUGAAGGAGCUUCCACCAUACCUUCGCCAACUGUCUAGCAACGAUGCCAAUGUGCUUGUGUGGCACAUGCUCCUGCUGCCAGACCAGCUUCCCUAUAGCCUCAAGGCCUUCAGUCUGAGGAUUGAUUUCCCCAGGGAGUAUCCACUUAAGCCUCCCACUUUGAGAUUCACCACCAAGAUCUACCACCCCAACAUCAGUGAGGAUGGACUGGUGUGCCUGCCCCUCAUCAGCACGGAGAACUGGAAGCCUUACACCAAGACCUAUCAAGUCUUGGAGGCCCUCAACAUGCUGGUGAGUAGACCGAAUCUAGAAGAGCCUGUGCGUUUGGAACUUGCUGACCUCCUGACUCAGAACCCAAAGAUGUUCUGGAAAAAGGCGGAAGAGUUCACCCUCCAAUUUGGAGUGGAUCGACCCUCUUAAUUCUGGUUCUGAAGCCUCUCUGCCUGGAUCUUCUGCUUCGUGGAUGGAUAUCACAGACUGGUGCCCCGAGGCCUUGGGAAGCCCAUCUUGUGCCUAAGUUUUCCUUUGUAGCUGUUAAUUAUGAAUAUUGUACCCGGUGUAUAUGAAUAUGUUGGGAGGAGCUGUGUGGUGUGUGGUCCUCCCUGGAGUCAUCUGGCUGUAGAGGUACCCUUCCCACAUCCUCGAUGUCUCCAGGGCCAGUGGGAGUUAGGUACACACAGUUUCAGACCUGCUUUCCAUCUCUCCGUCUUAGGCUACCUUCCAGUCCAAUUGGCAGAAAAUUGAAUGCCCCAGGGCCCAGGCACCAAGGGGUGAGAAAGGCAGGACUCUGUUUGGAAGGCAAAGCCUACAGAAGGUACCAAAUCUACUGCUGAGUGAUUGAAAUCAACCACACUUGUAAUAGGCAUGGCCAGAUUUAAGUCUUAAACAUUUUAUUUUCCGCUGAUGAAUCUCAGAAUAAAGAGUCUAACUUCCACCCA